AGUCCGGCAGGGCGAGGCCAGGCCGGGAGUACGAGGAGCUGCGGCGGCGGCCAAAGUUUGGCUGGAGCGGGGGCAGCGUGCUUCCCAUCCCUCAGGGCGGCCGCCACAGCCGGGACAGCGCGGGCAUGCCGCGCGGGGGGCACUGAGAGCCAGACCGGCGGGGCGGGCGCCCGGGGGCCAUGGGCUCGGGCGGCUGCUCGCGGCGCCACAAGGGGCUGGUGCAGACGGGCUUCCUGCUGACCGCGGCGCUCGGCCUGCUCGGCGGGCUGCUGCUCUACGGCCACCUGGAGCAGAAGGCGCGGGCCGCCCAGGCGCUGGCCGCCACCUACCGCGGCCAGCAGGAGGCACUGUCGGCGCAGCUGCAGGUGGUAUAUGAGCAUCGGUCCCGCCUGGAGCGGUCCCUGCAGAAGGAACGGGGGGAACACAAGAAGACCAAGGAAGAUUUCCUAGUGUACAAACUGGAGGCGCAGGAAGCCCUCAACAAGGAAAAGCAAGAUUCGAUGAACCGCUAUGGGGCCCUAAGCUCCCAGCACAGGAUCCUCAAGAAUCAACAUGAGGAUGUGAAGAAGCAGCUGCUGGACCUGCAGCUGCAGCACAGCGGACUGAGGCUGGAGCACCGGAAGGCCCUGGAGAGCCACGGGCAGCGCUAUGCCCAGCUGCAGCGGGAGAAGGACAGUGAGGUGGCCAGUCUGCAGGACACAGUGAAUAAACUUCGAGAGGAAAGCAAGCUCCUGAGGAAGGCUCACCAGGAUAUUCACAUUCAGCUUCGAAAUGCCCAGUCCCAGAUGGAAGAAUUCCGCCAGCUCAAGGAAGCCUUGCAGAAGAUGCCCAGCUUCCAGGAGCACGGGGCCAGCCGCCAGCAGCAACAGCAGCAGCAGCAGCAGCAGCAGCUCCCCCAGACCCCUAGGCAGCAGGCUCAGCUCAGGAAGCCUCAGGUGUUUCUUGCCACAGGCCCCAGAGUGGCCCUAAACCCCCAGGAGCCAGACUUGGUCCCCCGCCGGAACCCUCAGGCUGCCCAGCCCCCAGGGACGCGGGCCUUGCCCCCAGCUGGGCCACCUUUCCCAGACCUGAAGUUGCCUUCUUCUGGGCCCCCUGCCUGGCCCCAGAAACCCAUCGAAGGCCAUGUUCUCCGAUUCCCCAGAACUGUUAACAGCCUUCCAGUCAGGCCCCCGGUUCAGCAAGUAGUGGUGGUGGCAGCCCCUGUUUCUACCUCCCCUGAGAGACCCAGCCCACAGGGUGGCCCCCUCAGCAGCAGCCUCCCACGGGGCUGGACAGAGAGCCUCGGGCCCUCCCAGCCCCUGGUAGCCCACAGCUGGCAAGAUAUCGUCAACAAAGUGAAUGCCCAACAGAAGAGCCAACAGUAUCCCCCGAGCAGCCAGCCCCAGAGGCAGGACCAGCCUCUUCUGCCUGCCAACCCAGGAGAAGGGGUAGAGCGCCCAGCACCUGACAAAGAAGACCGCAGAAGAGCAGCAACUGAUGAGGAGGAGCUAGAGAUGGAUGCUGGCAUGAUUGAGCGGGAGGAAAACGUUCGGCCCAGGAAGGAGCCAGAGGCCCAGGGCCCAGUGGGGCCUGAUGCCCUCGCAGACCCUGCCCGCGAUCCCAACAACCAGGGUGAGGAUGAAUUUGAAGAGGCAGAGGCAGAGCGACCACAGUUGGAAGAGGGGGCCCCGAGACCCCAGCAAGCUCAGGAGCCCCAGGAACAAGGGCCAGGGAAGCAGGGCCAGGAUGAGAACCCUGACCUGGAGCUGGUACCUGAGACCAAGAGUCACACAGAGGCCCCUGGCCAGAAAGACAGUUACUACUGACCCGACCCUCCCUCUUCUCCUGAAUCCCUAUGCUUCCCGUCCUCCUGAAGGGACCACCAGAGAUUAGAAAGAGCAUAGAAGGGUCAGAGCCUAGGCUUCUAUGUGAGGAGAGUGGAGUCUGCUCCACCUUCCCCCUGCCCUCCUGCCCCAGCACACACUCUGGGAUACCUCACUUCCUGCCCCAGCACACAUUCUGGGCACCCCCUCCUUCCCACCCUCCUAUGCCAGCACAUAGUCUGGGGUACUCCUUUCCCAGCCCUCCUGCCCCAGCACACACUGUUGGGUACCCCACUUCCUGCCCCAGCACACACUCUGGGGAUUAUUCUACAUUCCUUACUUAUUUCUCCAGGACAAUCUGAGGCUGUGUGGGCCAUACAGCCUUUAGAUAGAGCAGCUGAGCUAGGAAAGAGAUCAUUGUGGUCCUGGGCAUUACCCGUUGCUCUCCAACCCUUAGAUAUCACCUAUCUCUGACCCACUACCCACCCAUAUCCUACAAGUCCUUAAUGUUGGGAUUUGGACUGCUCAGGGCCUCAAAGUUAAAGGCUUCUUUCAGAAUAAAACAGGGCAGUGAUGCCAUGACUUGGGCCUCCUUUGGAGAUGAGGAUGGACUGAAACCCAGGAGCUGUUGAAGGGAGGGUGAUGAUUUUAAGUUCUAGCUGGUCAGCCUUGUCUUCAGACCAGGUGAGAGACAGAGAGAGACUGCGCCCCCCUGCCCCCCCCACACGCAUGAAACAUGGAGAAAGGGGCUUCUUUCCUCUGCCAACCAAGCUUAUUGAAGCCCCAGCUGGGAUGGACAGAGCCCUACAGGGCCAAGUCUGAGUUCUGUGACUGAGACAAAUCCAGAACUCUAAUGGGCGCUGGAGGUGAGAGCCUGGGAACCAGGACCUGGUUCAGUCCUCAGGGCUAAGGGGGAAGACCAAGGUGGCUCCUGAAUGUUUCCCCAUUUCCCUUCCUUGACAUCUCUCCCCUCCAGUCACUUUCUGGGGAUUAGAGUCUAGGGGGUGGGACUGUCAUUCUACCCCACUGCCAGGGACCCAGCGGGAUAGAGAGAGUCAGAGUUUGGGUGGGGGUGUCAGACCCUUAGUUAGAUUCUCUGUGGACAAGGCCCAGUAGGGUAGAGGGUCUGGCCUUGAAUGGAGUCUCAGACCUGACUUGGGACAUUCUGAGGCUAGGUGGCUCAGAGUUUUCUCUGUAUAUAAUGUAUAGUCAGGCCUUAAUAUCCAUUUUGUACACUCAGAAAAUAAAAUUUUGAGUUAAAUUCA